CAAUCCCUCCUCCCUCCCGUCCGCUGUAAAAAUUAACCCCUUUUUUUCACGAAUUUCCAAUUCUCUCUCUCCAAACAGAAAAACAAAAAGGAAUGGCUCCCAGAGACAAAACCACCACCGCCGUAAAAACGAGCGGCGGCGGCGGAGGUGCGGCGGAAGGAAAGGAGGCGCACUUUCGCGGAGUGAGGAAGAGGCCGUGGGGGAGGUACGCCGCCGAGAUCAGGGAUCCCGGGAAGAAGAGCCGCGUGUGGCUGGGAACCUUCGACACGGCGGAGGAAGCCGCCCGCGCCUACGACGCCGCCGCCCGGGAGUUCCGCGGGGCCAAGGCCAAGACCAAUUUCCCUUUCCCCGGCGCCGAUUCGUUCAUUUCUCCCCUUCCCAUGAACAAGAAGGGGAUCGUGGUCGCGGCGAAUCAUUUUGCCCCGGCGUCGGCCAAGAGCAACAAUCGGAGCCCGAGCCAGAGCAGCACGGUGGAGUCGUCCAGUCGGGAAGCUCCGGCCCCGGUGAUGACGACGAUGGACUCGUCGCCCCGACUAGAUCUGAAUCUGGGGCCCAUGGGCGGCGGCAGCUCCGCCGUCGUCCGAUUUCCGUUUCAGCCGAUGGUGCCGCAGCAGGCGGCGGUGGUGGCGGCCGGUAACCACCAUCCGCAUCACGUGUUUUAUUACGAUGCGAUGAUGAAGAGUGCGCAGUACCAGCGGAUGAUGUUCGAUCACCAGCAGCAGCAACAGCAAUAUCUCCAUCACCGCCAUCGCCCCCAGGCCAUGUUUAGCGGCGGGGUCCAGAGCGAUUCAGAUUCGUCCUCCGUCGUCGAUUUGAACCAUCAGCAGACCAGCGAUCCGAACCCGACGUCGACGACAACGACGACGACCAGAUCUCUGGAUCUGGAUCUAAAUUUCCCUCCGCCGGCUGAGACCGCCUGAUCACUUUUCCCCCCUCGUCGGCCGGUGAUCUGGAAUCAACCUAAUCUGCCUGUUUUUUUCCCCCGUCAUAGUUCCCUCUUUUUUGUUUUGUUUACCGUCCCCUUUCAGAAUUAGGGAUCCAAAUAGAAUUAGCAAAGGAAACAACAACCCCAAAAAAUUGUAUUCCCCAGAAAACAUAGAAAGAAUGAGCUGAAUGUAGUACUCCGGCGAGCCGCCGGUAGUUCAUCGAUCUGAGAUCGGGAGAAGGAAAAAAAGAAAGCCAAAAUCCCGCCGGCUCCGAUGUGUAUAAGUUAGUAAAAAGCCCGAUGGAUCGAUUGAUUUCGCUCUCCCGUUUUUUUGCGACGAGAGGAUCUCCCUCGUUGUUCAUAACUAGUCCCCCUUCCUUGUUUUUGGAUGUAUGGAAAAUCGGAAAUGAAAUCGCAGUUCUCAGCUCUUCUCUGUUCUCUCAUCCAUUUCAAUCUGUGUAAUCAGUUUCAUCUGUCGUUUCUGAUGUUUACGCCGGCGACAGUGUAUGUUUAAGAAGAGGAACGGAAAAUUGGAAAUGAAACGCCAAUUCUGAG